CAUUCCAACAACCUCUUUGUGUAGUUCUGGAGAUCCUACAUCAAAAGGCCUAUGACAUUAGUUGGAUCUAGCCUGGGUGCUGCUGUUGCCAUUGAUUUUGCAGUCAACCAUCCGGAAGCGGUAUCAAAAUUAAUCUUCAUUGGCGCAAGUGUAUAUGCUGAGGGCACAAGAGAUAUGACCGGAGUGCCAAAAUUUGUUCCGUAUGCGGGGGCUUUUGUACUGAAGAGUCUUCCUCUGCGAGUGCUGGCUACACACUUGACGUUUUAUAAAACUCCAGAUGAAUUCUUUGAAUCUGUCCAGAUUGGCCGUCUACACUGCCUACUUCCUUGGUGGGAGGAUGCUACUGUUCAUUUUAUGAUAACUGGGGGUUACAAUGUCGUAAACCAAAUAAAUCAGGUUCUUUUCUGUAAACAUCCAAAUUAUGAUUUUAUCCAAUUUUCACUUAUGUUACAUUUCUCUAUUGCUGAUCCAAUUACAUUGUCUUCUUAUAAUCCAUAGUAUCGUGGUCCUUUAGCAACUAUCCGUUAGUGGCCUUCUCAUUUUAUUUAGAUAAGGAAAGAGACCAUUAUACCAUUUCUGCAUCCAAAAAUGCACACAACCGAAAAAUAUGACAAGAUCAUAAAAAAAUAUAUGCAUCCAAAGAAUGUUGUUGCAGGCCAUAGCUUUGUUUGCAGCAACAAAACAUCGGUGAUAUAAAAGGUUACUACUCAUAUGAGACACAUUGGUCUUCCUAAAACAUUUUUGUACAUUUGGUUCAAGUGAUUCCUGCAGCAUUAAACGAUUUUAUUGAGUUAAUUUUUUUUAACCAACAGGUCAUCCUGCUGACUUCCAUUAAGUAAACCACCACAGUGUAUAGUCAGAUAGGCUUAGAGACAUUAUAGCAAAACAGAGAUAGCCACUAACAUAUCAAUUUAUAUAGGAGAACAUAGAGUAUCAUGGGAAACUCCAAAUGGGAGUUUCUUUGAAGCAGACUCUAGCAAAGCCGUAGAAAGAUACUUUCACUGCAUGAUCCU